AUUUUAAAUUGUUUUAUAGGUCUUUAAAAUGUCUGGUGGUAAGUGCUUGAAACUGAAGGGAAAUGAACUGGAGAAAGUAGAUUUUGUCAAACCACAGCUGACCAAAAGCUCCGAAGUCCUCAUUGAGGUUCUUCGCGCUGGAGUGUGCGGAACCGAUCUUCAUAUUCUUGAGGGAAGUUUCGGCGCUAACCAGGGUGUUAUAAUGGGCCACGAAUGUGUCGGGAAGGUUGCUGAAGUUGGCUCGGAAGUGACAGAGUGCAAAGUGGGAGAUGUUGUGGUUGUCAAUCCUCACGGUGCGUGUGGAGAUUGCUAUUAUUGCCACCGAGAUUGUCCUCAUUUCUGCAUGAAGCAGGCACUGGAUGCAUCUCUUGGAAUGCGAAGAGAUGGAGCGUUUGCGCCGUAUACUAUUGCGCCAGGAAAGAGUUGCUAUGUGCUGCCUCCUAAAGUAACAUUGGAAGAUGCGAUCCUGGUUGAGCCCUAUUCUUGCAUCAUGCACGCGAUUGAUCAAGGUUCCCCGAUCAAGGAAGACCAGGAUAUCCUAGUCAUGGGAGCAGGCAUCAUUGGACUGCUUGCUACUAUUCUACUGGCCUCGAAGAAGAUCAGAAACAUAACUGUGAUGGAGUUGAGUGAUCAUAGAAGGGAGACGGUUCAGAAAAUGAAGUUGCCUGGAGUCAGAGCUGUGCAUCCCGCUGAUAUCGGCAAGGAGAAAGAAGCUGCCGGCACGGAUCCGACUUACGGCUACGACCGUGCGUUUGACUUCACCGGCGCCCCUCCUGCAAUCCAAGCUGGCUUCGAAAACCUGAGAAAGAAGGGCAAACUUGUCCUUUUUGGAGUUGUGAAGAAAGAAGCUGAGUGCAAAUUGCACCUGCAUGAUAUUCUCAUGAAGGAAGUUGAAAUCACGGGAGCGCUGACUAACCCUGGAUCCCUCAAUCCGGCCCUGGAAGCAAUUGCGGAUCUCUCUCAGAAGAAGCUUCUGGAUCUGGACUUCCUGGAUAUAAAGACGUUCCCUCUGAGCGAAUACCAGGAUGCGUUUGACAAGCUGAAGAAAGGAACCAUUGCUAAAGCGAUGUUUGACCUGACCAAGUAAGCUGAAAAUGCUGAAUUGAAUAAAGCUGCUGAGGCUGCUUCGAAAUUGUAGAUCAAACUAGCAACUUCCAUAAAACAAAAUUUAUCUUGUGUUCGAAAGAAAGUUUUUCAAAAUUGUCAGUGCCCUAAUUUAGGGGUUUUUCCAUCUGAAUGACUUGAAUUUUUAUAUCUAUUCGGAAUAAAAAUUAAAGGAAUUUGCAAGGUUGAUCUCGAUUUUUUCGACAAAAUAGUUGUAUAGCAAAUUAAUGUUGCAUAUAGGACUUCAGAUUCUACACUUAAGCACUUAUUGACCGUCAUUUUAAUCUUUGUUUAUCGGCAAUUUUUAGUAACCAAUUCAAGUGAUAACUAAGCCUAAUUAUCUGUAAAGGAAGUGUUGAUAGCUGUUUUUAUUUUGAUUCAAAAGUUUCAAACGGCUGAGAUUUUAGAAACAUCAAACAAAAAGAACACAUUUCUAAUGAACAAGUUCUCUCUCGAUAAGGAAGGUUCCUCCUUACUGCUGUUAAAAAUCAAGACUCUUCAUUUUCAAAAAAUGGAAAAAAAAAUUUAGUUUGUAGUUGUGUAACUAGUGCUUAUGAAUAUUGUCUAAAUUUUUGUAGUAUCCUUAUUUUGAUAACACCAAUUGAGCUAACCAGUAUUGCAAUAAAUUGAAGUUCUGCGCAAUGCUGCCAAGUGCUGUAAUAAAAGAAAAAUUGCCGUAAUACCUAGUUUUAACAAACUUAUAUACGAACUUUAACUGUUUGUUUUUUAAGCUGUGUUGAUUCAUUUUUUAGCUUGUCUAGUACAGAAAAAAUGUUUCUACUAAUUGUUUUCAUGAACUGAAAAUUGUUUUCAAUGACUGUUAUUUUUUCAAAAAAGAAUCAAGACCUAACUGAAAGUAAUAUGUCACAGUUGCAAACUGCACUUAAUAUGCAUGAAUAGUAUUUCGAUUGCUAUUGUUAUACCAAUGCAAUUUAUUGACAAUUAUGUAACACAAAGUAAAUUGAAUUCUUCACUUAACA